AUUCUGAGUCGAUCACUCGAUCCUGAAGUAUCCAACAUGGUUUCCAAGGCUUUUAUCGUUGUCUGCACCGUCGCUUUAGUCCAGGCUGUCUACGGACAGUGCGGAUGCGGCCUCAACAACUACGCCCCGGUGGUCAACCAGGUCAGCCCUGUCGUGGGCUGCGGCAGCAACCUUGGCAUCAACGGCCUUGGCAUCAACAACCUUGGCAUCAACAACUACGCCGGUCUUAACAGCUACGGAAACAUUGGCAACGCCAUCUCCUACCCCGAAUCCGUGUUGAGCAUCUCCAGCGGUUCCUACGUCACUCCCAACGGCAUCAGUAUCCUCGCCGAAAACCUGGAGAUCGGAGGUCAAGUCGGCGUCGCUGGAUCCAUGCCCUUCGUCGGAGCAGUCUCUAUGGGUGGCGUCGCCCCUACCUCUGGUCAAGCUACUGUCGCCUACAACUCUGCCCCUGGUGUGGGCCUCACUGACGCCGGUUGCGGUCAGGGUCUGGCUGGAAACGGCUACGGACUCGGAAACGGUCUUGUCGGAAACGGCUACGGCAUCGGAAACGGUCUGAUCGGAAACGGUCUGAUUGGAAACGGUCUGAUCGGAAACGGUGUCGGCUGCGGAAACGUCGGUUACAUUGGCAACAACCUCGGCAACAACGUUGGCUGUGGGUGCUACUGAUUUGACAUGAAAAAUUGAUCUCAAAAUAAAUCGACCUUGCAAACUUA